UUUCGGUCACGUUGACCGGCUGACAAAAGUAUCGAAUCAGUCCAAUAAGAAUCCGAGUUUCAGUAUUAUAGUAACGUGUGCCGUCGCCAGUGGUAGAUAUAUUCUGUCGCAUAUCGGAUUAUGCGUACUGCGGUGCGUUUAAAAAUUAAAAACCAAUAGCAGCAGCAACAACAACAACUACAGCACAGCAACAACAAUCAUCAUCAUAAGAAAGAAGUAAAAAGUCACUGAGUGGAGACAGAGAGUGCGAACGAGCAAGCGAGAAAGAGAGUGAGUGAGUGUGUGCGAGCUAAAGUGCGAGACAGAGAAAGAUAGAGAGAAAGACAAUCAUCAGCGUUGUCGUCGUCGUCGUUGCCGUCGCCGUCGUCGUCGUUCCGUUUUGUGGUUUAGCAGCAGCAGCGUCAAAGUCAGCACAGCACAAAUAUGUCUAGCGAUUCAAGUCGACGCAUUCAGGUGCCAGACGAACUGAAGGAGGUGCUACUGCAGUUCUCCAUAGCAUAUCUGGUCGAACAGCCGGUGGAUCUGAUUGACUUUGCCGCCGAAUACUUUAACAAACUGCAGGCACAUCGCCCCAACACAACAACAAGCGACUUAAACGAUGAUAAUCAGAGCAUCAACUCACAGGAAGGCGACGCGGAACCACCAAUAGUACAAAGCUCACGUCGCAAAUCAGUUUUCGCAGAAGCAUACGAUCCGGAGGCGGACGAUGAUGAUGAGGGCGCCACCGCCGUAUUCCCCAAGACAGAUGAACAGCGGGCACGUCUCAUCGAGUCUGUGAAGAAUGUGCUGCUCUUCCGUUCGCUAGAAAAGGAACAGAUGAACCAAGUGCUGGAUGCGAUGUUUGAACGCAAGGUGCAGCCGGGCGAUUUCAUCAUACGCCAGGGCGAUGAUGGCGAUAACUUUUAUGUUAUUGAAUCUGGCGUCUACAAAGUCUACAUUAAUGACAAACACAUUAGCACCUACAAUCAUACCGGAUUAUUUGGUGAAUUAGCGCUGCUUUACAAUAUGCCCAGAGCGGCCACCGUGCAGGCAGAAACAAAUGGCCUCCUCUGGGCCAUGGAUCGUCAGACAUUCCGACGUAUCUUGCUCAAGUCGGCAUUCAAGAAGCGAAAAAUGUACGAGGAGCUGCUGAACAGCGUGCCGAUGCUAAAGGCGCUGCAGAACUACGAACGUAUGAAUCUGGCCGAUGCUUUGGUUUCCAAGACCUACGAGAAUGGUGAUCGUAUCAUUAAGCAGGGCGAUGCCGCCGAUGGCAUGUACUUUAUUGAGGAGGGCACCGUGUCGGUGCGCAUGGAUCAGGACGAUUCGGAAAUUGAGAUUUCCAAGCUGGGCAAGGGCCAAUACUUUGGCGAACUGGCGCUGGUGACACAUCGGCCACGUGCCGCAUCCGUUUACGCUACGGGCGGCGUUGUUAAGCUCGCAUUCCUAGACACGGAAGCCUUUGAGCGUAUCCUGGGCUUCCUCACCGAUGUCCUCAAGCGCAACAUACUGAUGUACGAGCAAAUGUUCACGGAAAUGGCUCGACGCAAUACGAAUCUGUGACCUGAUGCAUAUAGAGCGAUAGGCUUAGCAAGUAACAUCAUCAUCAUCACCAGGCCAAUCACAAUCACGAACUAAUUGUUUAUUGUUUUACAAUUUGUUGCUUUAAAACUUGAAUUUCAUUUCGCCAUAAAUUUAUUGUACAUCGAAAGAUGAUUAAAAAUUGUACAGUUUACAAGCAAAUAUUC